AUGUUACCAGAUAAUAAGGACAUAAGGACAUCUCUUAUUCCUACAUCUAGGUCCGAAAUUGGACUCAAUAAAAGCUAGACCUAACCCAAAAGCAGGAGGUUUACUAAUAUGUUAGGAUCUAGUUUAGCACUUAAGGUACUAAAAGAAUUCGAAUACAGAGAGAAGUACAUGAAGCCUACCUUGUGGAACAAAAUCAAACUUUUUUUUGCAAACAUCUAUGAAACUUUUCUGAUAAUAGUAGGUCUCGCACUCUCAAUUUAUCAAGACGAUCUUUCUUCUUUCAUCUACUAGUUAUUGAUGCUUUCAGUGCUUUACUUCUCUAAAUGGGAUAAUGGUAUUUACACCAACAUCUAAAAGAAGAUAUGCAUUGGAACUUUGGCUGCACUCAUCUCCUUCAUGAUCUUCAAGUAUUUCUAUAUGGGGUAUCUUGAACCUACAUUAACUGAAACAUUCUAAGAUAUAAGGGAUGAUCUAAAAGUACUUGGUUAUGGAAUAAUCAAAUAAACGGAUGGAAAAGUGAUAUUUGAUAAAUGGUCAACUUUUGAAUUUGAGAUCUUCUCUUCCAUCGUUUGCAUCCUAUUAAUCACUUACUAUAAUGGGCAACUAUAACCAAACUUACUAUCUUACAAAUUUGUACACAUUCAUCACUCAGAAUUCUUAAAACAACACGAACUAAUCUACAAAAUAUUCUUCUUCUUUAUAAUCUCAGACACCUUCUUCUCUCAUACCAUUAUUCAAAUGAUCGUAUCAGAUUAAAAAAACAGCGCAAGAUUCACAUAGAUUUCCGUUUCUUUUGUUGUCAAUCUUCUCAGAUUCCAGCUAAUAAUGCUAGCUGUUUGCCAAGUCUAAUACUUGAUUGAUUGGAUAUUGACUGUACCAGGCCUUGCAAAAGGGUUGUUUAUAUCUGGACUCAUUCUAAAUGAGAAUCCACCACUUUACGCUGUGAUUCAUAUCUUUACAAUCUGCAUUAUAAUUGGCCUCGGUUCACUUUAUUCAUCAACAGAAGUUAACUAUUAGCACUAUUAAGAUAAUGAAGAGGGGUAUCAAGAUCCCAUUAACUAAGAAAAGAACGAAAAACUGGAAAAAGAAGUAGAAAAGAGUAAAAAGAGCAAUAACAAAAAGGAUGAUUAAGAUGAAGAGGCACCUAAACCUCAAAAAUUCAAUGCUUUUACUCACAUCAAAAACUUUGACUACAAAAAGUUCACAGAGAAUUAUGAGAGAGUCUUGAUCAUUUGGGCAAUCAGAAUACUAGCUGUAGUUUUCUGUUAUGCAUACCACGGCGCCCCAUCAAUGAUAUUACUUACUUGGGUUUUAUUCAGCUUCAUGUUCGAAAUUGAGCCUUUCUCCAAAUGCACAGUUUAUUUCUACCUUCCAGCAUUCUUUGUUGGAUUCUUCUACACAUACUUUAUUAAUAUCCCAGGUAUCUUCCUAACAUAUGAUGGAGAUAAAUAGAUUAUCUUGAAUCAAGAUAUCUAUAAUACUUUUGGAAGGCCUUUUAAAUUUCCAGUAAUUGAAACAGCUGGUCUCACUCUUAACCUUAUCUGCCUUAUAUUUUUACUGAGAGAGACAUCAUCAGAGUAAAACCAAGGAUUCUAAAAUAAAGAGAUAAAGAAGAGUAUCUUCGAAAAAUUGACUGACUAUCAUUCAUUAUUCCUGUGGCAACUACUCUUCUAUGUAAUGAAGCGUCUUCAUAUUUUUGUACUCUGCUUGAUAUUCUACUUUGGAAUGAGAGAACUUAACAUUUACUACAUUGGUCUAAUGUACUUCUUUGUCAUGUAUGUAUCGAGUCUCGCAACUUACAGAAAGAGCGGAUAAGUCUUAGUUUUUUAUGCUGCAUUCUUCAUUUGGAUCUAAUAUUUCUGGUCUUUGAUUUAGAAAAGCUUUGUUGAUUAAACAAGUUUUAUCUAUAAGAUUUUUAUGAUGCUAACAUUUUAGAAAUAUGAUGAGCCAAAGGAAGAACUUGGUAAUUUUGGAAAGUAUCUUGAAUAUGGCAUUCCAGUUGGACAAUGGGUUAUAUUCAUUCUUUAGGUUCUAAUCUCUUAUGUGAAUGGAUUCUUCAAACCAGAAUCUUUUAAAGCUCAUGCAGUUGACGGAUCAGGAGAUAAAACCUAUAAUUCAAUGUCUGAUCACUAUGAGGACAAAUGUGACUUCGUCCUCAGAAAGAAGUUCCCAGGAACAGCUAGAUUACUCAUUAGAUUUAGAAUAAUCUUUUCAGAGAUGAUGAUUAUUAGUAUCCUUAUCACCUAAGGCUUCAUUUUAGUGCUUUAACCACCAAAUCUUAUGUUCUGGGGAUUUUUAAUCUUUAGUUUAACUCUUUAAACUGCAGUUGUUAGUGCCUCAGAUGAAGAAGAAGGCAUUCUAAAAAGAUGUGCAACAUAAAGUAUGGUCUUGAAGAUCUACUCAGGCUUUGUUUUGAUUGCCUAGAUUGCUUAUCAUUUCAUUAAUGAUAAGGCAUUUCUCGCUUAAUAUGGUUUUGAUGAAAUUCUCAACUACAUCCUUGGAGACCUAAAUGAAUACAUGACUAUUAUAGGUUUUGAAAACUAUUAAAACUCAACCAGAAGUAUCUUUGCAAUUUUUGUCAGCUAAAUUCUUUUCUACAUUACUGCUUGCAUUCUAGAAGAUUAUUUUAGAGAAAAAUUAAAAGAAAUUGAAGAUGCUAAAAAAGUAAGUUAAUAACUUCUUUAAAAAGCAGCUUCUGCUAUUAAGAAAACAAAUGAAAAUGAUUAAGAAUAAGAAUAAGAUGGAAAAUAGAAACAGGAUAAUAGUAUAAAAUUUGAUGAAUUAAAGAGCAGUGCAAUGCAACGAUUAGACACAUAAGCAAAAGAGAGUCUCUUUUUAACACCAGUUGAAAAAGUUAAAUACGAUUAUGAAAUUAUUAGAUUUACAAUUCCAUUUAUGAUUUAUCAAAGACUAACCUCAUGGAGAAUUUUGGACUCAAUUGCAAUGAACUUCCAUUUAGUCACAGCCACAGUAACACUCAUUUUAUGUACAAAUUGGUAGAUCUCUCUAUUUAUGUCAUUCUACUUACUCUGUAAUGUGAUUUUAUGCAUUAGAGCAGCUAAAGAACUCCACAAAAAUGGUAAUAAAUACUAUUCAAGUUAAAAGAGAGAGGAUAAAUUAGAUAGUCCCUAACAAAGAGAGUCAAAUAUUUCUAAUAAUAAUUAAAAAUUGAUGGCUGAAUCUUCUAAAUUUGAGGAUAUUGAUAUAAAUUAGGCUCAUUAAACCAAUAAAAGCUAUAUGAGGGAUGCUAGUAAGGUACUUCACACAGUAAGAGAAGAGUAAUGGACAUUCCAGUAUUGGCUUCUAAUCAUUUCUAUGAUUAUAAUGUACCCUACCCCAAUUCUGACAGAUCUCAAGUUAAAAAUGACUCCAUCUUAAUAAGUUUUAACAAAUGAUGCUAUAUUCUGGUUAUUUUGGGGAGGUGUCUACAUUUCACCAGAGGAUGUUAAUAAUAUUAGAAACCAUGCUCCUUUGUAUGUGAUGCUUAUUUUACUUAUCUUUGAGAAAUCAGCUUAAAGAUGGUUAUUAAAUAGAUAUGGUUGCACUUUAGAAAAGGUAAAGCAAUUCAAGACUUUAGAAGAAAAACUUUAAAUUAUAAAGGAUGAUGGACUAACUGAAUAGAGCAGAGACCCAAUAGAACCAAAAUAGAAGGAGCCUAUUGAUUAGAAGCCUAUUGAUUAGAAGCCUAUUGAUAAGAAUCCUAUUGAUUAGAAUUCUGAAAUUGAUAAGCAAUAGACGCCUGUUACAGAUAAAUUUAUUACAAUUAUGGAAGCAAAGUAAGCAUGUGAGAAGAUAGAAUCUCAGUAUCGCAUAAAUACUUCAGAAGUAGAAGAAAGAAGGCUUAAAGACUAGUUAGUACUUGCUAUUUAAAGAAAGUACAGUAUGAAAGUUAGAUCUGGUAUGAAAUUCCUGAUGGAGCAGUUGAGUCUUUAAUUACUUCUGCUAUCUUGCGCUAAUAAAAGUAAUAUUGUUAGUAUUCUUUAUCUUGGACUUCUCUUGAUGUUCCUAUUGAUUAAAAACAAGACAACAGGUAUGCUUUACCUCUCUUAUAUUUUUGGAACUACUCUUGCUCUUGAGUAUUUAAUUUCUCUAACAAAUUUUACAAGCUUGGUUAAUCCAAUGCCAUUCCCAUCUCCAUAUAAUGAAGGAUAUCCAAGCAAAGAAUUUCCUUAAGGAUAAUUUAUCUUCCCAUGGUUCCUUAAGGUAGAUUUUCUCAGAAAUAAUCUCUAGUGGACUAAUUUCUUCAGUAUUGACCUUUAAUCUGCACAAGUUAAUGACAUCUGGUUUGAUUUCGCAAAUUUGGUGAUUCUUACAAUUUAUUUCUUCAACUUUGGGAAUCCUAUAACAGCUAACAACAUUAAGGUUAGUUUUAGUAAAACAAGAGUAUUAGAAGAUAGCUUAAGAGAAUAUUCUAAAAUUUAAAAGAUUAAAAAAUAUAUUCUUAAAAAUCCAAAAAAGAAGCAAAUUUAAUCAGAAUUAAUUGAUACUUCAAUAGUACUAUAAGACAAGAAAAAUUCAAUAAAUCAUUACGAUGAUUAUGAUAUUGAUUAUGAAAAUCUUUCAGCGAAAGCUGCUGAUGAUAGCAUGGAGGAAUUUCUCGGUUCAACUUAUUAUCUAUCGGAGCUCAAGAGAUCAACUUUCAUAUACACAUUUCAUAAGAAGGCAAAGUACUUCUCUUUUAUAGGACUUUAAAUAGUUACCCUAAUAAUGACUUUCUUACUAGCUAUGCUUUGCAGAUCCCUAAUGUCCUUCGGCUAUAUGAUCAUGUGUAUUCCUCUCAUCUUGUAAAUUACAGACUUCUUUUAAUAAGCACUUGAUCCAAAACAAAAAAAUUCAUAAGAUAUGAACAUUGAAUGGAAACAUAAGGCUUACAUCACUGGACCCCUCAUGAUAUUUAGUUUUGUUGAUAUUGCUCUUUAAAUUUUAUGUCAGGCUCCAUUCUACUCAGGAGAUUAUUUCUAAAGAUAACUGGGUUUUGAUAAGGUAUAUAAAGUAAAUUAGGACAUAACUUUUAUGGGAAUGCUCUAUUCUGAUGGUCAAUACUAAUUUAUUAGUCUAGCUGAAGGUGGAUAAAGUUUAAUGUUCCUUAUUCUCAAGUCAAUUAAUUUGUUCUUUAUCUUCAUGUAAUCUAGAAUCUAUAACUCACCACUUUUCGAUCAAUUUGUUAGAGAGGAUUUAAGACAGCUCUUAAAACUUGCUAGUUCUUACAAAAAACUAGCUAUGACUUACAGAUACAAUAAUUGGAAACUCUAAAAGAUUGUUUCAGUUUAAGAAAAGAAGCAGGAAAUGAAUGAGGGAGUUGAAAAACUUAAAGUUAAAAUGUUUUAAUACAAAGUUGCACAAUAACAUCUAUUUAGCUUAUUACCACAAUACUCACUUUCAGAUAAUAAUAAAACUAAGCUAUUAGAUUAAUCUACAAAUUCAGUUAUUAAUACCAAUAAUGCCUAACAACUUCCUCCUAUUUAAGAAUCAGAUGCUGAACAUAUUCACGAUAUAGAAGCUUAAACUAAUAAAUCCAAGGGUGAAACUGGCUACAUUGGGGAUAACCAAACUCAAUCAUAAAUUGAUACCCAAAAUCAACGAGAAAUCGAUGAAUAAUUCUAAUUCACAACCCAAUAAGAUGAUUAGAAGAAACAACUAUAGUUAAAUAAUCCAUUCCGUCAUAGAGAAUACCCUCCUAUCCUUAAAUCUUUGCCAAAAUCAAAAGCAUCAUAGAAACUUCUUAUUCAACUUGCUUCAACUGGAUUUAAAUAUAAUCCAAAUUUACACGCUUCAUUGUUACAAAAGUAAUUUAACCUAAAUAUUGAAAAGAGAGAAGCUUUCAAAAACAUGAAAGCAUAAGUUGGUAGAUGUGGAAACUAUUAUCUAUGUAUCAGAAAGAGACAUGUUAAUCAAAUCUUAUUCAUUAAUAACAUUGAAGAUGCUUAAGAUGUAAAAAAGAGAAUGGAAAAAGGAAACAGGGAUAUUGAUUGUGAUCUUGAAAUUGUUAUGAAGAAAGAUAUUGAAAAAUUCUAUCAAAAGAGACAAAAUCAAAUUAAUGAUGAGAAUGAAAUCAUUUUAAAUGAAAAACUACAAAGAUUCUUAGAAAAUUCGAAAAGAAAAAUUGAUGCCACCCUUAAGGAGACCUUAUUUUCAUUCAAAUAGACCAAGAGUAAGGCUGAUUAAGAAAAAAUAAAGUAGCUACAGGAAGAAAAGAGAAUACUUGAUAUUGAACAUGAUGAUUUAGGAGAUAACUAACUGAAUUAAAAAUUAACAAGCAAAAAAAUGACUUAAAAGACCAGAAAGAGACUCGGAAUUAAGGAUGAAGAUUAAAUUGAUUUCAAAUAAAUGCCUGAAACUAUUUCAUUCCUAAGAUGUUCAAACAUUUUGCUGUCUUUGAUUGGUGCUUGUCUAGAAGCCAUUUUCAGUAAAAUGGCCACAAUAGCCUACAUUUUUAUGAUUCUCAGUUAGAUUCUUAAUGCAGGACUUAUUUCUAUCUUUUUACCUUUUGCUGUAUUCGGUUAUGCUUUAAUGGAGGAGGGUAGACCAGGUAAAUACUUCUGGGCUAUUAUCAAGAAAUAUGUACUUUUUAUCCUUUUUAUGAAAUUUAUCAUCAAUCUUGACUUCUUAUAUGAUAACAAAGAGUUGGUAAAUUCAUACAUUGCUGUUUCUAAUUGGCUACUAUUUGGUCUCUGGAGAGAAGAUGGUAUAUGGCACUUCUUCUUAUAUGUGCUACCAGAAAUUAUAAUUCUUACUGCUAUAAUGGGACAAAAUUAUUAUGAAAUCCUUCUUGGUCUAUAUGACUCGAAAGAAACUGAGAUUGAGAAUAUUUAUGAUGCUAGAGAAAGAUAUUACAAGUAAUAUUCACUAGAUGAUAGGGUUGUGAACACCUCUCUAAAAAAAGAGGAUAAAAAGAAACAGCUUGAUGAGCAAGAUUAAGAAGAGAGCAAGAUUACUGAAAAGGAGAUCUAAGCCCAUGAAUUUUAGGAGAUAAAGAAAUCAUUAAAGAAAGCAUUUAAAGAACUUGAAGAACAAAACUCAAAAGGUCUGCAAUCUACUCUUCCCAUAGAAUUGAAGGCAAAAUCUGAUCUUAGUCUUGAUAAUAGCAGUGCUUAAAGGAUGAGAAAAGAGCUUUUUGAUGAUAUGGAUUAGGAUAUAUUGAAUAACAAAAAUCUAGAAAGAAAAGAAACUAUGAUUGAUGACCCAGAAGAACUUAGAAAGCAUGUUAAAGAACUUGUUAAGAAGAGACCUGAAAAUUAAGGUUUGGUUAGAAACUACUUUGGUAAAAAGAACUACUUUAAAAGACUAUUCCCUAAGAUCAAAGAGUAAAAGCCAGGUAUUGAUUUCUACGGAAAGAUUACCUUCGUCCAAUUCGUUAUUUGUAUCUAUCUUAUCUCUUAUUACACUAAAUUGGAUGCUAGAGGAACUUAAAACCUUGAAAACUCAAGCUAAUUCUCAAUUUACAUGGUUAUCAUGCUCUUCAUUCAAGUUUUUGUAAUGAUUUUGGAGAGAUAUAUCAGUAGAACAAAUACAAGAGUCAAUAUUGAAAAGGCAAGAAAGAUAGAUAGGAGAGAAAAAGAAACAUAAGUAACCUAAAAAUCUAGUGUUGUAGGAUCAAAGCCUACACUUGUUGAAGGAGAUGAAUCACAUACUGUUAAACCUAUUGAGAUAAAGUUACAAAAUACUAGAAUGACUAAUUAACAAGUUUCUAAAUGGGUUAUCCAAUGGGUAUUGCUUAUUCUUUAUCAUGCUCUUGUAUUUUGGAUCUUCCCAUUAUCAAGUAAUGAUGCUAUUUACGGUACUCCAUAUUGUGAUAAAUUAUCGAAUUUAUAUGAAAAGUACGGAUGUUUAAGCUUCAAGUAAAAUUGGUACUUGAUUAUCUUUUAUUGCAUCUUCUGCUAUUACUUUAUGCUUUCAGCUCUCUAAAUUAGAUAUGGUUAUCCUGAUUACAAAGAGCCCAGUUCUUUGACAUCUACUAAUGGUCUUGGACCAGUUCUUGCUUAUAGAGUGUUCUACAACUUACCCUUCAUUUUUGAACUUAAAAUCAUUCUUGAUUGGUGCUUCUAAAAGACCUCAUUAGAUAUUUUCCAAUGGCUUGAACUUGCUGAAAUUGAUUCAGAGCUCUACUUCUUCAAGAACGGAAAUAAAGGAUAUUACGAGAGAAAGCUAGGAUCAAGGAUUGUCAGGUUUGAAAAAUGUCUUUGUGGUUGCUUCUGUCUAGGCGUUAUCUUGUUCUUCUUAGUUGGACCAUUCCUUAUGUUCAGUAAUCUCAGCUACAUCGCUGAUACUAACAUGGUUAAAGAUGCCUUUGUUGAUUUCCAAAUAAAGAUUGAAGACAGAUUAAAGUAGGAAACCUAUGAAUUCCCUAUUUUCUAAACUGACAACCCACUAAGUCUACAUGAAAUGGGAGAGAAGGAAUUCUACAGUCUUGAUUAUGCAAGAUUACCAGAAACAAAAUUCUUUGAACCAAGUCAAGUCCAAAAGAUUGUUAUGAAAAAUUCUUCGGAUACUGAAUGGCCAGUCUCAGGUGACUACAGAAGUCUAUUUAAAGAUCUUAUCGCAUAAUCAGCUCAUGGAUCAGAUCAUUUAAUUACUACUCUUGAAUUUUCAUUCAGUUUCACUAGACCAGGUCCAGCAGAAGCUCCUGUUGCAGCUGGAAAGCAAGAAAGAGUUAUCGACUUGAAGAAAAUAGGUGAUAGGGAAGUAAUCAAGCAAUUACAUUAAGCAAUGCUAAUCGAUUGUAAAGCAAACCCAGAUGAUAUCAAGAAUGUCUAUAUUGAUGACUUUAUACCUUACUAACUAAGACUCGGAGAAAAGAAGGAAGUUAUUGACCUGAAUCUCUAGAGAGAAAAUGUCACUCUUUCAUUCUCAUGCCAAAAUUACUGGGCAUUUAAUGUCAACCUUCAAGGACUUCUAUUCAUUACAUUCUCAGAUUUGAUAUCUUCUAACUUCUUCGAUGCUACAUCCAUCAUGGGAUUCUAUUUGGGAGUCGCAGUUAUUGUUGGUUAGACUCUUCGUAAAAUUGUGGUCUUCAACGCAGACAGAAUCUUUAUCACUGAAAUUCCAGACCCUGAUCCAAUCAGAAACCUCGUUAGAUGUAUUUACAUGCAGAGAUUACAACAAAAUCUUGAGCAAGAGGAAGAGUUAUUCUUCAUACUUCUGGAGUUACUCCGGUCUCCGGAGAUGAUAAAUAAGGUCUGUUCAUCUUGUCUGAGGACAGACCUUAUCAAAAACCCCAAAUAGAGGGAAAGACUACAAAUCCCAAAGACAGCUCAACUUGCAAGCGCUUGA